UCCAGUCUUGCUCGAUGCCACGCGGUUGUCAAAACAUCAACGGGGAGUUUAGUUGACAUCAGUGUUUGCACUCAAUUUCCAAAAUAUUCCCGGAUUUCACGGUCAGCACAUUCACCUGUGACUUGAGAGACCAGUGGUGAAGAAAAAAAAAAACAUCCGGAAAUGGAUCACUUAUUCAGUGACGUCCCUGGUGUCAAGACUCAAAAUGUUAUUUUAAAUGACAAUUUGGAACUGUGGAUGACGAGACUCCCGCCAUAUCUCAAAUCAAUACCCAUAAUACAUCUUGCUAUACCCGGUUCCCACAACACAAUGACGUACACAAUAAGCCGUUUCAACGAUGUGGGACCUGACGAGCCGCAGUACCUCCGGUUUUUGGGUCGUUACUUGUCCCUGCUAUCAAAACCAGUGAUAUUUAAUUGGUCGGUGACCCAAUACGACGACAUAAAGGGCCAAUUGACCGGUGGAAUUCGUUAUUUGGAUCUGCGUUUGGCAACGAAACCCAAUGAUCAUCAGAUUUAUUUUCUUCACGGUCUUUACGGGGAUACUGUUGCAUCACACCUUAAGGAUAUUUCAGAUUGGCUGAAGGAGCAUCCAGAGGAAGUGAUAAUAUUAGACUUUCAGCACUUUUACUCCUUCAAUUUAAAUAAUCAUAUGAGUCUCGUGACAAUCAUUAAGAAUAUAUUUGGGACGAGAAUUUGCCCAGUUUCCGGGAUUCUAUCGAGCAUCAGCAUUGAUUGGAUGGUGAGGAGGGGCUACCAGGUGAUCAUCAUCUACAGGAAUGAGAUUGCCAGACUCGAGAAUGACUUGUGGCCCUCGGGCCUGUGGCCGACACCCUGGCCCAAUACCACUGAUGCCACCGAGUUGAUUGAUUUUUUGGACUCGAGACUAGGCACUAGACUACCAGACACUGGAUAUGUCUCUCAGUGCCUGUUGACACCUGACACUAAGUAUGUCCUGAGGCAUCUCUGUGGGAGCCUUCACAGGGAUUUGGCUGUCAAGUGUCGGGAGGUUUCGAUACCUUGGCUGGAGGGACAUUAUCCGGGAGACGGGGGGAUGAACAUUGUCAUCACUGAUUAUGUUUCUUUCAACAAUUUCCAAUUUUCCAGGCUUGUCAUUCAGAGGAAUAGAGAAUUGCUGCAGCAUACACAUUCGUUCUCAUUAUCUUAGAAAUUCAAUGACAAAUCAAUAUUAUUUGUAAAACAAUUAUUGUUUAUUAUUUUAUGUACAAUAAAUUAUGUAUUUUAUUAAACACCGAAUUACUCUCAUCUGGUGCUUGGAGGAUACCGUCGUCAUUACAUCAUGUUUAAUUUAAUAAUCGCAAAAAUUUCAAUAACUCAAAAAAAUUGGA